AUGAAUCCUCACCAGAAGAACAAGGUUGACGUCAAGUCGCUCACCCCUGAUGAGCAACGCCUCUUCCGCCUGUACGGCAAGCUGCCGUCGAAAUCCGACCACUUCGCCAAGCACUUGAAGGAGCGCAAGUAUUUCGACAGCGGAGACUACGCCAUGUCGAAGGCAGGCAAGGGCGACAGCGUCGACACAGGCAGCGUCGGCAGCCAGCAUCCCGUCCCCGAGAACAUCCCCCACCUAACAUCGCCCAACGGCCAAAACGCGGCAGCGUCGUCGCUCAUCAGCACCACCCCAGCCUACACGCCCACACCGGCCAACAGGUCACCUCCACCGGCAGCCCCAUCAAGGAGAGCAGCUUCCUCAACCGCGAGACCAGCGCCGACGAGAACGAUGCUGCUGAGAAUGGCGAAAAGGUGA